AUGGCCAGGACGUACUCGCCCUGGGCCUUCCCAGACUUCAAACCGAGCGCAAGAGCAGUCCUUCCAGUCUUCCGCAUAACCCCAAUUCCUGUCGUUUAUCGAGAGUCUAGAUUCUCUCCACCAGAUAUUGAACUAGACCGGAUAGCCCUUCUUGCAACUGUCCGCCUACGGCGUCUUGAUCUCUAUUACCCACUUCGAAGACGCGCAGAACAGAUCACUAGUAAUGGCCGACAAACCAGCCGAUUUGCCCGCUGUAUACUGGCCCUCCCUAACUCUGAACAGAUAAACCCUCUCCAAUACGCUCCCUGGCACCCUCGCGAGUCUCGCGAGAAUGCUCAAACUCGAAUAGGAGCUCCCAUGGGACGCACUAAGGAACAGGCAGCGGCUAAUUUCAUGGCUUUCCAACGCACCAUCCCUAGCUCAGAUAUUGUAAUCUUUUUAGAUGGAUCUAGGCUAGCAGAUGGACGUGCAGGGGGUAGCUAUAUUGGACUUCAAGCACACUAUCAGUUCCUCCGCUCCUCACUCUCAUACGGACACAGGAAAGAGGUCUUCGACGUAGAAGCAGAAGCAGCUCUAGCUGGAUCUUUCCAAGAAAUCUUUAAAUCCUUCCGCACCCUUGCAGCCGCCUGGCCACUCCGCAAAAGGCUUCCUCACACCAAAAGCGGAUCUAUCCAAAUCCGAUGGGUCCCUGGACACGCCAAAAUCCCUGAGAACGAAGUAGCUGAUCUCGCUGCCAAAGAGGGAGCUGCCUCAACCCCUCCUGCUCCUCACAAAUCCUCAUACGCCUCGCUAAAGAGACACGCCAAGACUCAAUCCCUAUCCGCUGCUCAGUCACAAUGGCAGAAGAAGGCGGAGGAGAGUGUCUCCAUCCUGCGCAACUUCGACGAGACCGGAUUCAUUGUUGGACAAGGAAAAGAUGGAGCGGUGGUAACAGCAUAUCCAAAAACAUCGAAAAGGGUAUUUAGCCUGUCCUCUCGAGAAUCAAUUACUGUCAUUGAGGGUAUAAAUGCCGAAGGAAAGAUUAUACCACCUUUAUUGAUUCCAAAAGGCAAGGUCCAUUUGGAGGAAUUGUACCGGCAUAUAAAAGAUGACGACUGGCUAGUUGCACCUGCUUCGAAUGGAUUUAUCACAGAUGAGAUCGCAUUCGAAUGGCUUCAACACUUUGACCACUUCUCUAGGCCCGAGGCCUUCCCGGAUUGGCGGUUACUUCUUAUGGAUAAUCAUACAACUCAUCUUACUAUACAUUUCGUACAAUAUUGUGAAAUUUGGCACAUUCGCCCAUUCCGAUUUCCGCCUCAUUCUACGCAUUUUUUACAACCGCUCGAUGGACCAGAUGAAGCAUUUGAAGCACUUGUUGCUGAAGGGGAUGCACUAAAAAUAUAUGGCGAGGCGGAUGACAUUAUUCCCAGCUCACCAACUACAAAAUCAAUAUCUCCACCGUCAACCGCCGUAAAACUACGUCGCUAUGUCAAUGAGAUUGAAAAAUCGAUUGACAGUAUAAAGGAUAUUCCUGAUGAAGUAAGCCCGGGCCUUUCACGCCGUAUAAAAGUUGUUAAUCAAGGCAGUCUCACCUUGGCCGAAUUAGGCGAUCUACACCGUGAGAGCUUUGCCAAGGUUCGUGAUACAGCAACGCGCAAGAAUCAAAAAACUACAAAGCGCCAAGUCAAAGUGAGCGGUGCACUUUAUGUAAAAGAUGCGAAUCGCCUCAUGAAACGCCGUCAUGAUGGAGAUUUGUUGAAAAUCUAUAAGAGCCAUGCUGUUGGCGUGCCGCAGCCGACGGAAGAAGCGGCUUCAACAGAGCCUCAAAACAGCGGUUUUUUCUUUGCUACUCAAGAAAACAAGUGA